AGGACAGAGUCCCACAAAUUAAUAUCACUAAUUGCACCAACAAAACUCUGUUUGGCAUCAAAAUCACCCAUGGAAGCAUCCGGAUCUUGUCCGAUGAUAACCCUGCCACCCUCCCGGAUUGUGUGACCUUUCUUGUAAAUUUUGGUCAUGGUUUUCCUCCCAUCCAUGAAGAAGGCGGCCGCACCUGAACUGGAAUCCCAGGUGACACACAGGACCCAGAGGAGAUCUGCAGCAGCGGGAAGCUGCUUAAACAUGGCGGACCAAAACAAGAGAGACACCGAUUUGAACUUCUACAGUGAAAUAUUAAGUCCAUCUGAACUGUUUGCAGCCCGGUCCAGGAGUCACAAGAUCCCAGUCAGAGGACAGAAGGACUUUUUCCCCGAUGACUCAGACGAGCAGAGACAGCGGCUGGAGCAGAGUCUGAAUGAGCACUGGAGCCUCAUAUCAGAGGAGAGAGUGGAGAAGCUAGGAAACCUCGUGAAGGCCACAUGGGUUCCUAGUGAGAAGAUCGUGGAGCUUCAGUCUCCAGCUGGAAAGUUUUGGCAGACGAUGGGCUUUUCUGCCAACGGCAAGCAGGUUCUCUUCCCCGAAGAGGCUCUCUACCUGAUGGAGUGUGGAAACGUGCAGGUGUUUUACGAGGAGCUGCCGAUGUCCAUCCAGGACGGGUACGAGAAGUUUCUGUCGUCGAGCGCAGUGAGCCUCCAGCAAUAUCAGGUGUUUGGGCAUUUGAAGAGGCUCGGCUAUGUGGUGCACAGGUUCGAUCCCAGUUCGGAGUCGUCAUCCUAUGCGAGGCAGCUGAACCUGCCUCAGUCAUGUGACGGAGCGGGGAAACACCUGAAGAGGAAGCGCAGCACCAGCCCGACCUCCACAUCCAGUCGCACUGAAGUGCAGGAAGAAUCCACGGCGGACAGAACGGAGGAGGAUAAAUGCGUCCGUGAAGACGAGGAGGAUAAAACACCUCCCGAGUCACACUUGACGCUGUCGCCAGAGACUUCAGGCCCCCAGACUGCACGUUCAAACGAAGGCAGAGGCCGGACCUGGUGGAUGACGGAUGUUCUCGGGGGCCGAUCGGAUCAGCGGCCCGCCUCUGGUGCGUCACGCUGGGACUUCAGCUCCAUCGCUUUCCCUGACCUGGGAUCCAGCAGGGAGCGCCUCUCCAGCUGCCUGGCCUCUCCAGAGCCCUCGCUGCUGCCUGGGUCUUUGGCUGUGGGAGUCUGUGACGUUGACCUCUGGAGGAGGAGGAUAAACCUGCGGGAGGUGAAGAUGUCAUCAAAGGAGCAGGAGAGGGAGGAGGACCAACGCAGGCGCCGCUCAGAUGUCAAUAAGGACAGAGAGGUUCGGCGGUGCAGAAACUGGACGGAGUAUCGGGAGCUGCUGAAGAGGCGGCAGCGGAGGCAUAAAGAGCGAGCAGAACAUCUGUGGAGCAGAGAAGUCACUCCGUUACACGACCCGAGACAACCAAUCCCCACUGGGGAGCUGCUGGAUAAAAUCAGUGUGAUUAAAUCUACACAUUUGCUGGAGGGAGCAUCGAGGUUACAAGAUUCAGAGGAGUGGAGCAUUUGUUUCAAUGUUUACCAACCGGAUACAGUGGCUGACUUCAAGAAGAGCGACCCGGGGAAACCGUACUCCCGGAUGUGUGUGUGCAGUUUCGAUGGCCCGGUGCCGGACCUGCGGUCCAUCAAGCUGCUGACCUUCCAGAGCGGAGACGUCCCGGUGGUCUUUGCUGUGGUGGACCACGGAGACAUCUCCUUCUACACCUUCAAAGACUUCCAGCUGCCCACUGACGUUUACCCCUGAGAUCUCACCGCUCUUUAACGUCACCGUCACACACGGGCCAACACGUAUCCAGGACUUUUACAUUCAUCUGGAUCUGUUGGGUCGGCUGGACGUCCAAAGAUCUCAAUAAAUCCAAUCGUUUAUGUUACAGAUGAAAAACUAAUCCUGAAACUUGUAUUUUGUGUGUUUGGCCAGUGAUUUACAAUGAGGCUGGUUUUACUGACAAAGUUCUUUUUCUGUCCCUUUUUAGAUAUUACCUCUGAGCAGCGCCAAAGAUGGACAUUUAUUCUUCUUCUUCAUCAGUUUCCAGGCUUUGUUUACACAUUGUUAACGUCCAAAAUACACAUUUAGGAGUUUCAUGUCAGAACACUUGUAAUAUAAAGUUGUGUUGAUGUGAGUCAUGAAGUGGGGAAGCUUCAUGCUGAUAUCUGUUAGUUACAUGUAUGACUCUGUUCACC